GACACAUUGCGCACGGCGCGCGCAUCCUGCGACGCACAGCUCUCCUUGGAUUUGGAGGAAGCUCGUGUCACUCACCGGCAGAGAGGACACGGUCGCUGGGAUUAUGUGAUCAGAAUCAGUGAUUAUCUGUGGAGAUAACAUGUAGUUUGACUCAUUUUUCAAUGGUGUUCGAUGGAAAAACGUUUUCUUCAUCGAAAUGCUGAUUUCCCGCAGUUUCUCAAACGCCAGAUGAGACACUUGUUGGAUUUAUCAGGCGCGGAGGACUGCAACAGAUGAUGAUGAGAGUCGGAUGUGGAUUUCAGAUUGCAGCAGAUCUCUCUCAACAACCAGCCGAUCACAACGGGGAUGGAAGUCUGAGGUCUGCGCUCUGAAAUGGAUUCAUAUGGUUCUUCACUCAACCGCAGCCAAUCGCUGGCGAGCGGCCUGGAGAAGACUUCACCAACGUGGAAGCCAUCCCACUCUCGGAGCAGUAGCACUCUAUCAUCACGCCACUCCAGACAGAUUAUCAAAGACUGGGAAGUGAUUGACGACCUUCAGCUAGAAAUGCAAACAGGAGGUGACAGUCCUCAUGAUAUGACCACCCCGGGUAUCUGUGAAGGAUAUCUUCUCAAGAGGAGGAAGUGGCCUCUUAAAGGUUGGCACAAGCGAUACUUUGUCUUGGAAGCAGGGAUCUUGCGUUACUCCAAAAAUCAACAAGAUGUCUCCAGGGGAAGAGUCCAGGGCUCUCUAGAUGUUAGCCUUGCAGUAAUGUCGAUAAACAAGAAAUCAAAUCGGAUUGACUUGGAUGCAGGGGACAUUAUCUAUCAUAUGAAGGCAAAGAGCCAUGAACUCUACUACAUUUGGGUAACCAAGCUACAAGCCCACCGCUUGUACAAGAAGAAUGAGGCAGCUCAGGUUCACAGCGGCUUCCUCCAGACUUUGUCCCAUGGCGCUGUGGCUGGACAAGCUCAGAGAAAUGGAGAACUGAGAUCUGCAGACAUGGCAGAUUCAGCUGGAGCAUCAGGAGUGCUGCCCUCAGCUAACACCGCUGUGAAUAGCAAAGUGUCUGCCUGGCUGCAGCAAAGUCAGGACACAGACACCUGUGUUCAAGAGCUGAACCGUUGCCAUUUGGACCUUACUGAACUAAACCGCUUAAUCCAGAGUCUGCAGACGUUAGAGGCGGGCCAAGCUUUCACUAACGGAGACCUAAAGCGCAUCAUCAGCAUACAGAAUCUCUCUCUUGAGAAGCCGAAGAAGCAGAGGUCAGGGAAGAUGUGGGGCCACUCUCGCACACUGUCCAGAGUGGAGGCCCUGGGAAUGGUAAGAAUGCCUAUUCGUGGGAUUACUAAAUCGCUGUCCUCCAGUCACCUGACCAGCUCGUCUCACCUCGGUGCAUCAGUCCCCUCUAUCCCUGACUACGUCUAUUCCCAGCUGUCCCCUCCUACUGUCACACUGACGCCUGAGGGCAAGAAAAUCCAGCAGGACAUCUGCGCCAUGUCGCUACGAGUGCUUGCCUCUCUGAAGACAGUGCAUGAAACUCUGUCCCAGGAGAGGCAGAAGCUGCAGGAAGUCUGGGAAACUAACAACAUCCACCAGUCUAACACAUUAGCUGAGCCUGCAGCAGUGAGGCAUUCAUCCCACGGGCCUCCUUCAGUAGCAGAUUCGGCUGCGGAGUAUUUUGACGCCAGUGAUGACAUCCUUUGUGGUAGUUCCUCUGAGGUCUCUGAUGAAUCAGGACUUAGUGAUGGAAGCACCACCAACUCUGAGCCAGAGGAAGGGCAUGCAUCAGCCACCCGGAAGUACCGUGCUAGUAUUUCCAGGACUCCUAACAGUGUUGUUCCAAAGAGCACCGGCCGGCGAACUACACUGCCCGCUCCCUGUCCUGACAACAGCCACGUGGGCCUCAUGGCUAUCGUCUACAAUAACAUAGGUAAAGACUUGGCUCGAGUGUCCAUGCCUGCUGCUCUCAAUGAGCCCAUUAACCUGCUGCAGAGGCUGUGUGAAGAGCUGGAGUACAGUGAGCUGCUGGAUACUGCCAACAACACAGCGGACCCCUACCAGAGGAUGGUUUACAUUGCUGCCUUCGCUAUCUCUGGUUACUCCACUGCGACGUUCAGAAACCGCUACAAGCCCUUUAACCCCGUGCUGGGGGAGACCUACGAGUGUAUCAGAGAGGACCGGGGCUUCCGCCUCAUCAGUGAGCAGGUCUGCCACCAUCCCCCCAUCUCUGCCUGCCAUGCACAGUCGGAGAACUUCUCCUUUUGGCAAGACCAGCGAUGGAAAAAUAAAUUCUGGGGGAAGUCACUGGAGAUUCUGCCAACGGGAAUGGUGAAUGUCACUCUUCCAAGGUAUGGAGACCACUAUGAGUGGAACAAAGUAGUGACCUGCAUCCAUAACGUCCUCAGUCAGCAGCGCUACCUGGAGCAUUACGGAGAGGUCACCAUCCGCAACCUCAAAAGCAACGUCUGCACCUGCAAGAUUACCUUCGUCAAGUCUCGUUAUUGGGGUUCAGAUAUGAACAAGAAUGAGGUGCAGGGCACGGUGCUGGACCAAAGUGGCAGUGUCAUUCACCGGUUUGGAGGUCUGUGGCAUGAAGGCAUCUUCUGUGACACUCUGCCCACUCCGAAAUGUGUCUGGAAGCCAAAUCCCCAGCCAAAGGAUUACCUGCUGUACUAUGGCUUCUCCACCUUCGCCAUGGAGCUGAACGAACUCACCCCAGACCUGAAGCCUCUCCUGCCUCCUACAGACAGCCGCCUGCGCCCAGACCAAAGGAUGCUGGAAGAGGGACGGGUGGAUGAAUCGGACAGAAAGAAAGAUGAUAUAGAGGAAUUUCAGAGGGAGCGGAGAAAAGAGCUCGCCAAAAGGGGUGAAGAACACGUUCCACGUUUUUUCAAGAAAGCCAAAGAUUCCUGUGGACGGGACGUGUGGUUGACGAACGAGACUUACUGGAAGCUCAGAGAGAAUCCAGGUUUUGCUAAAAUUGAAAACUUAACUCUAUGGUGAUGAGAUGACAGCGAUGAGCGACGCCAGACAAAAACACACGAGAGAGAGAUUUUAAAAUAUCAGUGGUGGAUAUUUGGACAGCAUAUAUGAACCGCUCUGAGAAACGUGCAGAGUGGAGAAAGUGCUGCUGAUCUCUCCUUGUUCCUUCUGUACGCCCAUGACUGGCUCAUGGGAACCCUCAGCACCUGUUAGUGACCAGUCAAGUUACCCAGCAUCCAGUACAGGUGAAGAAGCGUUGAAAGAACUUUCUCAUCACGAUCAAUUUUCUAAUGCAUUUAGUUUUUUUUUUUAGAUUACUUCAAUCGAGCCAUAAAUGUUUUGUUUUUGAGAAUUUCAGUUUUCUGCCAAACAGACUGAAUGUGGGAUGUCGACUCGACAGACCUGGAAAUGAACAAAUGACUUGAAAUGAAAAAUUGUUAAAAUUGCAUUUUUCUGUCAGGUUAGUAAGAAGCAUACUAUGUUAACGUAUUAACUGUAAACAUUCAGUCAAGCCCUCAGGAGACCAAAAACAGAGCUAACACAGAGCGAGUACUUGACUUCCAUUCAUCAGGUGGCCAGAAACAAGACUGGAAACGAAUGAUAAUUAGAGCUGCAACGAUUAGUCAAUCCACAGUAAAUUAAUCGGCAGCUGUUUUGAUAAAUAAUUUAAUUCAAAUUUUUUUAUUUUAAGAAAACAUUUUCUGGUUCCAGCUUCUCAAAUGUGAGGAUUUAAUUCUUUUCUUUGUCAUACACGAUAGUAAACUGCAUAUUUUUGUGUUUUGGACUGUUGGUUAACGUCACCUUGGGCUUUGGGAAAGUACAACGGGCAUUUUUCACGAUUCACAAACGAUCGAUCGUUAAAUCGAGAAAAUAAUUGCCAGAUUAAUCGAUAAUGAAAAUAAUCAUUAGUUGCAGCCCUAAUAAUAAUGUUGCUUCGCAAACAGCCGCAUGUGUAAAUAAGUAACUGUUUGCUAACAAGUUCGCCAUAUCAACCUAAAAGGUGAUGACAUGUCGAUGUUUUUUCUGCUGCCCCCAAGUGGCCAAAGAAAACAGUUAUUGCAGGUUUAAUGCAGAUUCUGUUUUAUUACCUGUCUUGUCUACCCAUGUUGUAGAGGAACCCUGGGUCAAACUGUAUGGUGCAUACGCCUAAAUAAAUUUGUUAUUUACAGCAUCUAGCUACCUAUCUAGCGGUGCACCAGUACUGACGUAAUGCAUAUGAAGUACUCCAACGUUGUAUCUGUGGCUUCCACAUUACUGAGAACCAAGUAUGAUGCUGAAGAUGAUCGUUAUCACCUACUUGUUUUUAUUGAUAAGAUUUAAGACAGUAUCUGUCUAAAUACUUUGGUCAUUGCUACUAUAGAUCAUAUGGUGGUACAUCUACCAAUAUUCAGUAUAUACACAUAUUCAAAAGAGGAGAGAAGAUAUAAUACUGUAUGUUUAUGUCAUUAAUAGUGAAAAGAAUAUCCAGCUGGUUGGAAACAUGUACAUACUGUAUUUAUACAGUACAUUAAACUGUUGACAUCACAAUUGUGUUUUCAUUUUUCAGUAGUAUCAAUUAAUUUAUUAUAACUGCACCUGACUGCAGAUAAAUGUGUGUAGUGUAGGCAUGGUAAGUAAGGCUUUUGUUUGAAAAUGAUAUUGACAUUCUUAAAAUAAUAUUAUUACUAAAAAUAUUUAAAUCUAAAUAAAUUGUGGAACAAAUGUAUUCUCGCACAAGUUUUCAUUAAAUUGGAUAUGCAGUAUUUUCAAAAGGUGCUUUCAGAUCAAUACUUCUACCUUCAUUAAAUAAAAGCAACACAUACAAACAGCCAGAUUUGUCAUGUGUAAGCUUUAAUUUCAAGAAUAAAAAAACAACAGUACAAUACACAAUUAUGCCAACUUAAAAAUAAAUAACAGAUUUCCCCUUCCUCUUUUUUGUUUAUGCAUCCCAAUUUAUAUGCUCUUAAUGAAAGAAUCAAAGGAGUUAGUAUAGCUCCCUUGACAUAAAUAGUGCACACGGAUCACACACAAAAAAUAACAUGCUUGUUGCUUCACCUAUUCUGGUCUCCCUUCUUCAUGCCUCUAUUUCUAUAUCAUACAGUAAACUCUCUGGAAAUACACUUCCCACACAGUCUUAUUCUCUUACUGAGGGAAAUGUGUGUUCAAGGGAAACAGACUAAUGGGAAAUGGAGGUAUUAGAGGUUAAACAUCAGGGAUUGGCUGUACUUGAUUGUAAUAGCUGAGAUAUCCAGCAGGGGUCGUCCCUGAGGUGUCUGAAAGCAUUUUUCUGCUGC